AUGUCCGUGCCUGGCAUUGAGCCUCGCAUAAGUUGUGCGCGGGUACUCAAGGUGAGAGCAGAAAAAGCGAAAGGAGGCAAGAGGAAGAAGGAACGAUGCGCAUAUGAGAACUAA